CGACAAUGAGUGGCGUCUUUGCGUAUCCCCCGGCCACGUCCAUCGUCGAUCAAGACUGCCUGCAGGAUCACUCUGGGGAAGAUGGUGUAUCUCAAGGCUUUUAUCGCCCACCCAACAUCGUCCCUUCUCGUCUGGAUGGACUAGAUCGCCGUCGCCCUCUUUCCCGCGCCGGCCUCACAAGCUCGUCGACCCGCGUCAACAUCGAAGCGUCUGAUGCUCGAGCGGACAACGCGUAUCUUCAGUCCGGCUUCACUCUCCCGCUCCUGCACGACGCAUGGUAUGACCUGCCCCUGGACACGGCGAUGCCUUCCGGCCAGGACAUAGCGGACGGCGAGCACACCACUCCGCCACAUCCGAGCCAAGAUACUGUACAGGAAACGAGCAUAAUCGCUCCAUACCCGGAACCUGUCCAUCCACCCGCUCCCUCAACCAUCUCUCUUUCGCCGCUGGUUGUAACUCAGUCUGGGGGGCAGAACGGCGAUGUGAUGCACGUUCACUACAGUGGGGAUUCCCUUCAUGCAGCGCAGCGUCUCAUGGUGGCGACGCCCUCGCAUACGAGAGCCGCCAUGUCGCGUCGUGCGCCAACGGUCAACACUCUCCACCACUGUCCCUAUCGCGAUUGUGGAGCUACGCUCACUCGGUUGUCGAGCCUAAAGGGUACGCGCAUUAUCUGA